CCCUACUCUCGAAUUUUCCACUUCUUUUAAACCAUCCGCCGCUUCUCCGUUUCCGGGGCCUGCUCUGCAUUCGCCAUCUUCUCAAAAUCCGUCGCAUCGAACUUCCAUUCCUUUCUUCAUCGAAGCGCCUCUUAAGGCCUCUUCCACCCCCAUGGUUUCAUCUUUCUACCCGUCCUGGAUCAAACUCCGUAGCCUCCUCCUCCUUCCCGCCGGGAGCUUUACCCCAACGAUGAAGGUCGGAAUCUUCGAGCUUAAACCAGAGCGCAGGGCUUGAUACUCUUAUGCUUCUUCCCUUUCCCCUUCCUCUUGUUAGUUCGUAGAAAUAUUCAGUAGUAUCUUUACUGCUUUGUCUUUUUUGCUUCCUCCUGUUCUAUGCUGUGGAGAUGAAGCCUUUGAACGAUGAAGCAGCAUAUGACAUAUGAGAGGCGACGGAUCGUUAAGAAGCACGGUAAGGAAGGAAAGGGGGAGGCCUCAACAGAAGCGGUUGAAGAAAUUGGGUCGAGAGUUUUCCCCUUGCCGAUGCCGGCAGGUGCGAAGAUGCUGACGGUCGCAAGGAAAUCCUCGACUAGGGUAUUUGUGCCUAGAAAGGCUAUCACGGACAAGCAGUCUGUGAAAGGAAAUUAUUCCACAAGAGUCCUCCGAUCAGGGAAGCAGCUGCAUCUGUCUGAGCCGUUGGAUAAGGCUGGAGACUACGACUCUGGCGAAUUGGCUGGUAUACGAUGGUUGGAAAGGAGUGAUAAAGCGGAGAGUGGAUUAAGCGCGGGAGUUGUGUUCGACUCAGAUGGGGAUGAGAUGGCUGGACCGGAGUUGCAGGGGAAAGGAAAGAUGUUUGAGAAUGUUUAUAGCCGAAAACGUCAGAGGAUUCCGUCAAUUGGUCCGGUUGGUUUGGACCCAUCUUCUUCCAAUUGCGGGGUGGAAGAUAAUGAUCCAAGAUUCAGGGUUGUAUUUUAUAGGAAUCCCAAGAAGAAGAAAUCAGAAGUGAUGAAUGGUGUUGGUAAAUUAAGGGGUGAUCAGUUUGGAGAGACUGAAGAUUUAUUCAGAGCAGGAGUAAGACACGGUCGUCUGCAGAUCAGAGAGUUCAAUAGGAACUUCCUGGAUACCAUCGACAUUAGUGAAAGUGAACGUUGGACUAGUUUUUGUGAUCCACUAGUGCUAGUUGUGCUUUUAGAAUUUUCACGUGAUGACAUUUUGCUCAGGUUUCGGAGAUUUCUUAUUUCUGUAAUCAGCUGGAUGAGGAGGGCAAGGAUGAGUCUACAGUACUUCACUUCAUUUCUUCUCUCUCAACCAAUGAACAGUACUUUUCCACGGCAUGGCAUCCAUUUCUUGCCACUGGCGGAUCGCAAUAGCAAAUUUCUUCUUGGGAGUUCAAUUUAUAAUUUUGGGACUUGCAAGAUUUACAACACAAGGGAAUUUUUUCCCCUAAUAUCUCUAAAUUUCAAUGCCCUUCCUUCCUAUUUUAUGAGCUUGCAUUUGGCCUCUCUUCUUGGUUCUCAUUAUCUCCCUCUUGCUCUUUCAACAUUUCUGACAGGAUUGAACAAAUUAAUUCAGGAUAUUCAGUCCGAUGAUACUGUUUCUCAUGUUCCUGUGGAUUCAGUUUUUUCAGGAACUUCGAUUUCUGUUUCUGCAAGUCCUGCUGUAAAUAGGAACGCACCCAGUGCUGGUAAAUCUUGUAUAGUUUUUGCACAAAGUACAGGCACAGUGCGUAGUUCUAAGCUAAGGAAACUUCAGAGGAGGAGGAGCUUCUUGAGACAAUCAAGAUCUAACAAUUUUUCUUCUGUGGACUGCAACAGCAGGUUGUGCUGUAGUGAGAAUGGGGAUCGAUCUCUAGAGGAUCCUCUUCAUGUGAAACAUCUUAAAACUUUGGAUCAGCCAUUUAUUUCUUAUAAUGAUAAAGUUAUCUCUACUUCAUCUGGAUCCCAUUUGAAACUCAUGGAAGUUGGUAAAAAGAGCCAUGGUGAGCAGAUGAAGGAAAUAAAGGCAGUUCUGUCUGAUAUCAAGCAGAACAUCAAUUCAGUUCAAUGCAAUGCAAAUAUCUUGGUUACCGCUGGUGAUAGAUGCUGGAGAGAAGAAGGAGCAGAAGUUUUGUUGGAAUUGUCUAGUUCCGGUGAAUGGUGCUUGGCAGUGAAGAUUGGAAGCAAUUUAAGGUACCUUCACAGGCCUCAGGAUAUAAAGUAUACUCUUAACCGUUUUAAUCAUGCAUAUAUGUGGAUUGGUGAGGAUGGCUGGAGGCUUGAGUUCUCUGAAAAGUGGGACUGGCUAACUUUUAAGGAGCUUCAUGCAGAAUGUCGUCAGCGCAACAACCAUCCCAAAGAGGAUCCUUCUGUAAAGGUUAUACCUAUUCCAGUUUUUAGGGAUGUUCCUGCUUAUGAGGAUGACAUCGUAUCAAGUUUUGAGCGCCCUGAACAGUAUAUCCAUAUGAAACAUGAUGAUGAAAUAUUGCGAGCUACUGUGAGUGAAGUUCCCUAUUAUGAUAUGGAUUCAGGCGAUGAGGAGUGGUUGAAACAACACAAUUCUAGCUGCUCAAUUAAACAGAACGGUACCUCAUCUUAUCUAUUGGAAAACGCCUUUGAAAGAAUGAUAUUCACAUUUGAAAAGAAUGAAUAUUUUAGUUCUUCUGAUAUAAUAUCCUUUGAAAGAGAACCAAAUAAUCAGGAGGAAUUAGGGGCUAAAGAUACUGUUGCUGAUAUCUAUGAUUACUGGUUAAAGAAGAGGAAACAAAAACGUGCUCCAUUGGUCAGGGUGUUCCAGGGUUUAUCUCUGAGGAAACCACAAUUGAUGCAAAGACAAGUUCUUCGAAAGAGGAGAUCUUUCAAGAGAAUGCGAAGCCAUGUCGGGAGAGGAAAACCUGCCUGGGGGUUUGAUUCCAAGGCAAAAGAGGAGGCCAAAGCAGAAGCACUUCUCAAAGUCCAUGAAACCGAAAAUGCAUGGCGGCAGUUGAUGGAAGUUGCCGUUCCUUUGCGCCGCAGGGCGCAGUUGCUGAUGGAGAAUGCUGAUCUAGCAACAUAUAAAUCAUUCAUGGCUCUAAGAAUUUCUGAAGCCAUCGGAUCAAUGCCAGCCGAAGCUGUUUCUUCCAUUUUUGACUCUUUGCCAGAAAUUUAAAACAAAUGUCCCCUAUCAUUUUGCAACCAAAUGGAAGCCCUUUCUUUUUUGAGAUGAGGUGAAUCUAUUUCGAACAUGUAGCUGUAAUUUUGUAUAAAAGUUAGCUAUUUGUAGAUCUUGUAUUCUAAUCUCAUGAUGUGACAUAGCAGGUUGUAUAACAAUUUUUUUUUCCUGAUUUUAGUCCUAUUCAGAUGAGAAGUGAAAAUGGAGAAAGAAAAAUAUACGUGUUCAUUACUUCA